AACUUGAACUAUUUGAUGAACCAGCUAACAAACCAACCAGCCUUCACUGCAAUUCACCAUAACAUUCCCUGUAUGUUCCUUUGAAAUUUUUAGCUUUUCUUCUUUCUGUUUUCAAGAAAGAUUUUUACUGGGAUUCGGAUGUCGGUUUUAUCUGCCAUCCCUUUAAUUUUAACUCACAGGCUUAGGUUAAACUAAAAGAGUUCAAUUGGGUCCGGUUGAAUUCAGAGCCCAUACUUGAUAAGUAACACAGUCACAGUACUCCGUACAGAUAGCAAUUGCAGCUACGACGGGUGGUGUCCAUCCUCAACUUACUACCCAGUCGACGGUUUCAGCAGAGCUAUCGACGGUGGUUAUGCUUCUCAGUGGCCGCCUCAUGCUCAGGUCUCUAUCUCUUGCUUCAUUACCGGCAACUCCUUCCCUUCAGGAAAUUGCCUCUAACCACCCUACAGGUGUUGCAAAAGUAGUGCUUAAAAAGGGCAAGACACAACUAUUUAAGGAUGGAAGUCCAAUGGUUUACAGUGGUGCUAUUGAUAGAGUAAUUGGUAGACCACCACCCACCACUGGGGAUAUUGUCCUUGUUGCUGAUGGCACUGAGAAACCAAUUGGCUGGGGAUUUUACAAUUCUACUUCUAUGUUCCGUGUCCGCCUCAUGCAGCAAGAAGAGGAAACAACAUUAGACCCUUCUUGUGCCCUUAAUGCGGAAAAGCUACUAGAAACAAGAAUUGCAGCUGCUGCGGAGUUGCGUAAGAAUCUAGGGAUUCCUUCUACUCGCACAAAUGCAUAUCGUCUUGUUAAUAGCGAAGGGGACAGACUAUCAGGCCUUAUUGUUGAUAUCUUUGGAGAUUUAGCUGUAAUAGCUUCAUCAGCUGCUUGGGUGCAGAUAUACCAGCAUCAGAUAAUGGAUUGUUUGAGUAGAUUAAAUAAUAUCAAACAGAUAAGCUGGAGGCCAACUGUUGAAAUCUUGAAAGAAGAAGGCUUAGAUCUUUCUGAUUUGAAAAAACCAGAUCUAAUCAUACCUCAAACUAGGGUAAAGGUUAUGGAGAAUGGAAUUUCAUAUUGGAUAUCCUUGGAUGGCCAAAAGACAGGGUUUUAUGCAGAUCAACGUGAAAACCGUUGCUUCUUAUCUACCAUUUCAGAGGGUCGUAGAGUUCUUGACAUAUGUUGCUACACUGGAGGUUUUGCUCUGAAUGCAGCAUCUGGUGGUGCUUUGGAUGUUAUCGGUGUUGAUUCAUCUUCACCUGCAUUGGAACUUGCCAAAGAAAAUGUUGCAUUAAAUGGCCUGGAUUCCCAAAGGAUAUCUUUUCUGCGAGAAGACGCAACUGAGUUCAUGAAGGCUGCUGUUUCUAGAAACGAAUCGUGGGAUAUAGUUAUAUUGGAUCCUCCUAAAUUGGCGCCUCGGAAAAAGGUCUUAAAGAGUGCGUCUGGCAUGUAUAGGAAUUUGAACUAUUUGGCCAUGCAGUUGACAAAAAGAGGUGGUCUCCUAAUGACCUGCUCAUGUUCUGGAGCUAUGACCCAAAGUGGACUGUUCUUGCGCAUUCUUCAGGGUGCUGCAUCAAUGGCUGGGAGGAAAAUCACUGUUGUACGUCAGGCAGGAGCAGCAUGUGAUCAUCCAAUUGAUCCUGCCUAUCCAGAGGGAGCAUACCUCACGAAUAUCUUGCUUAGAGUGUUGUAGAUCUUUUUGCAUAUCGAAUGAACCCCUUGUUUACUAAUGGAAUCCUUUCAGGAAUAGAGCAAGUUCAAGGUGUAAGGUGCCAAAGAAAUUAAAAUGCCAUUUUUUUUUUUUUUCCCUCUUUCGGAUAAGUACUAUUAGUCCUGUAUUACCUGUUGACGGUCGAAGUUGGUUUGUGCCGCUACUCCUGACGCAAUUUCCCUAGUUGACUUUGUUGUUGAGCGAGUUGAGCAAGAGACAAGAUCUCUAGAGGUGAAAUGGGGGUGAUCAAACUGACUUUCCAGUCGGUAACAUUCUAAAUUUCUAAUUAUAAGACAUUACAACCAAGGGAAUGAAAAUGUAAAUAGAAAAUUUUAUUAAACAUAGUCGAGAGGAGUAUAUGUGUAGCUUGUUUGAAUUGCC